UCGCUUUGGCAACCCCUGUCUUCCUCCACCUCCAUUUCCAACCCGGCUUGUUGUUUGGAGAACCACAAAACACCCUAACAGGAAAUCACAAAUAACCAGCUACCAGUCAUCUCUAACCCAACCUAAAAAUGAGCAGUUCUUUCAUCCCACCCAUUCUCCGCCCAGACUACACCUGGCCGCGACCAAUGGGUCCCAUUUCCACCACCACCCCUCCCGUUCCCCAUAUCCCCAGCAGACCCAUCCGUCUAGCCUGGGGUCUCCUCCACAAGGCCCUUUACCACGUAUCAAAAUGGUACUGCGCCUGGUUCGGCAUCCACAGCUAUUACAACGUCUUCGAGCUCCCCUUCGGCCUCGUCAUGAAAUGGACCAACCGCAUCAGCCUCGCCGAAGUCGCUGGAAUGCAAAUGGCGCGCGCCGCGGGCAUGCCUGUCCCGAAACUCAUAUCCUGCGGCGAGCACGUGAACGAUCCGGUGAAUCGGAGGUUUUCGCUCCUCAUGACCAGACUGCCGGGGUUUGAUCUCGAUAACUCGCGUGACGAAUUCGAACCGGACGACGAGCUGCCUUGGCUGGAAGAGCUGGCUACGUGCGUUCGCGCAAUGAGGUCCUGGACUCCGCCUGACCCACGCGCGAUCUGCUCGCCGAUCGGGGCCGAGAUAUAUAGCACGCGAGUCCCCAGCCACGUCAUGGGUCCGUUUCCAAGUGAUAAGGAGCUCUACGACUUCCUGUUCGGUCCGGCAUCGAGCCACGCGUUUGAGUCAAAGGCGGAAUACGACGACACGUAUACCCAUGCGCCGAAGCUGCGGCAGUUCCCUGCCCGAAUCACCUUCACGCACGGAGGCUUCAAAGCGCACAAUAUCAUGAUUGAUGACGAGGGGCACCUGUCGGGGUUUAUGGAUUGGGAGUCGGCAGGCUGGUAUCCGGAGUACUGGGAGUUUACGACGGCGAUGCGUUUCGGGGGUGGGAGUUGGUGGUAUCAGGUGGCGGGGUGGAUGGGGGGAAAUAAGUACCUUGAAGAGUUGGCUGCUGAUAAGGCGUUGGAUUUGUUGACGGUGGAUUCUUAUAUUGCGUUUUAGAUGGGUCAGGUGAGGGUGUAGAUCGUGUUCCUGGACCGUGGGAUUGGAAAAGAUAGGUGCUAAAGUCAGGCGAACCUGAUAAAUGAUCUCCGGAGAGGAACUGCCCGGGAAUGGAAUGUCUCAGACCAGGCCAGGGGAAACAGUAAACGCCGGGACUAGUUUCGAGCUGGUGGGAGGGAUCCUGUCGAUCAAGCUGAUAAAGAUAAGGGGGCUUGUGCUAUUUUUGGAAGACCUGCCUUGGCGUUAAUUAUAGCAUGGCGAUUUCGU